AUGGUGAUGCAAACCGCCGACGAAGACGCCGAAGUAAAGAUGGAAGUGAAGGAAGAAGAGGAGAGUGAAGGAGAGGAUGAAGGGGAUGAAGAGAGCGGAGGCUGGAAAGAGGAGAGCCUCGUCAAGGAUGAAGAAUCAGAAGAAACCGGCGGUGAAGAUGACGCGGUCACUGCGGCAGGGAAGGGAAAGCGCAAGGGCGAGCCCAUCGAGUCGCCCAACAAGAAGCAGAGGAAGGCCAGCACGGCGAGUAGAGGCACUAAAGCUUCGCCAACCAAGAGAAAGAGGAAAGAUGAAGAUGACGAGGAAGUAGCGGAAAAGAAAGCAACCUCACCAAAGAAGAAGGCGAAGAAGAAGACCAAGAAGGACAAGAAAAAGCCUGCACCAGAGAAGAAAGCCAAGAAGAAAACGGGCAGACAGAAGAAGAGGAAGGCGCCCGCGAAGAGAAGGAAGAAGCCGGAUGGCAAAAAAGGCAGCCCUAGCGACGACAGCAGUAGCAGUAGCAGUAGCAGCGAUUCUGAAGCCGACGCGGCCGCGGGUAUCCAGGAGUCCUCAAACCAAGUCAUCUUUCCGCUCAAGCGCAUCACUGUCGGCUCAUGGGUGCGCGUAGAAGGUGCCAAGGACGCCUUGAGCCUCAAGUGGCGCCUCCGGAAUGAGGGCACCAAGAACUCGGAGAUAUCCAUCGAAAUGAAGAGCAGGUUUGUCACAGAGCAAGUGGGAAGCCGGAAAGCGAAUGAUCUUCAGACGGUUGGAGAUCGAACGCAUCAGAAGGGCCGACGGCGCGAGGGCAAUCUGGUGCUUCUCACGCUCGAGCUCACCUGCCCGCCCAUCUUUGAGCGCUUCAUGCCUCUGCCCGGCACGCGGGGCAACAAGUGGGUUCGCACCUCCGACUUCACCAAGGGAGACGCGCAAGCGAAUAAGAGGGUGCAACUGCUCACGACUGGGGAGGCAUGCAAGAAAUUCCUCAAGCUCACCAAGCGGUGGACCAAACCCAUACUCGUGCGCAGCCUGCGGGACCGACCACAGCUCUACUGGCACGCCAUGCUCAACAACAAGAUGGCACCGGCCACCACUCCGACGAAGCUCGAGUCUCCCGACGCCGAGCCGGCGGUAGAUGACAAAGCCAUCUGCGUUCCCGUGAAGCCCGAAGCAGCCGGCGAUGACGAGCUCAGCAUUCAGUCCUUGCCUCAAGAGGUGCUGAUGCAGAUCGUGGGAUAUAUGGAUGCCAAGCACGUGCUGCAGUCGGUCAGCCUGGUCAACCACACCUUCCACAGCCUCUCAAACGACGAGCUGCUGUGGAAGACCUACUUCCGCCGUUUCUGCGGUUCGCUGGUGUACUCUGUGGAGGAGGCCGCGUGGGAUGCCCUGCCCAGCCGGUUUGCGUCGUGGAAGGAGGCGCUAGCCACCACCAACGCCAUGUGCUUCUUCCGGACGCGAGCCUCGAAGCGGUUUGGGCUGAAGGACGAGGAGCUGGUGGCGUCGCCGCUACGUCGGCUGACCAAGUACAACAUGCACGCCCAGGUGGUGCGAUGGUUCAUCCUCGACGAGGUGGCCUCCUACGCCAAGUCGCUCCAGCGCGAGCGCGCAGCACCGAUGGUGGCAUCGCAGCGGGUCAUUCUCCUCGACGACGACGACGUGGAUAUAGACGAGGAGGAGGAGGAGGAGGAGGAGGAAGAAGCGCAAGAGGACCUUUGGCACGACGUGGAAGAGGACAACGACUUCCAGGUAGUUGCCAACAACAAGAAGAGGGCGCGUGAGAUGGAAGAAGAGUGA